AUGGCCUGGGAUAUCGUCCUAACUUUGCUUCUCGCUGGUAUCCUUACAUAUGCAAUUUACACAAAACCUUCCCGAGCACACAGUCUCCCACUUCCACCAAGCCCAAAGGCCGAUCCUUUGAUUGGGCAUUUACGAGCGUUGCCCAGGUCCGAUGAGCAUCUAGUAUACGCGCAAUGGGGAAAGGACUUGAACAGCGACGUCGUAUCCAUCUCUGUUCUCGGACAGACAAUAAUUAUUCUCAACUCUGCAAAAGCUGCAAAUGAACUAUUGGAACAAAGAUCGAGCAUUUACUCCAGUCGAACGCAAUUGCCUAUGGUAUCGGAUCCGAGCCUGAUUGACUGCAGGAUUACAGGCUUAUUGCCCUAUGGUGAAAGAUGGCGUGAGCAACGUCGUCUGACCCAUAUAUCUCUGCACAAAAAAGCGAGCGUGCAGUUUUGGCCUCUGGUCGUAAACCAUGUCAGACUUGCUUUACGACGAAUCGUGGACAACCCGGAUGGAUUUAUGGGAGAGAUAAAAAGGAUGUCGGGGAGCACCCUACUUGCGGCUGUGUACGGAUAUGAAGUCACGUCUGCGCAUGAUCCUUUUCUCCAUCUUGCUGAAACGACAAUGGAACAUUGGGGCGAAGCUGCUAUUCCUGGAAAUUUCUUGGUGAAUGUUAUGCCUUGGAUACGAUACAUUCCUGAAUGGGUACCUGGGUCGGGGUGGAAAAAGAUUGUGAAAGUAUGGAAAGAAGAGACAAAAGAGGUGGUCAAUUUUCCAUUUAACUAUACUAAACAGCAAAUCGCACAAGGCAUAGCCCCACACUCGGUCCUCAAGGGGAUCCUUGCGAAACUUGAGAGUAAACUCGGAACGGGCGUUGAAUAUUCAGAACAAGAGGACAGGAUCAAGUGGGUUGUUGGAACACUGUUCGGCGGUAGGUUCAUACCUUGGUCCGACUUUUCAGUUAUUAAACGCGAUUCACAGCGGGAUCUGAUACUGCAAUCAUCGGCAACCGCAUUUGUGUUCAUCCUCGCCAUGGUCCUCAACCAGUCCAUCUUUGCAAAGGCUCAAGCUGAAGUGGACGUUGUCGUUGGACACGAUCGGCUACCGGAAAUGAGCGAUCGCGAGGCGCUCGUGUAUGUAGAGUGCGUGAUGAAGGAAGUGCUAAGGUGGCAGCCUGUUGGCCCUCUUGGGAUUCCACACGCUGUAAUUGAGGACGAUGAGUACCGCGGAUGGAGAAUACCCAAGGGUUCGACUAUCGUUGGAAAUAUUUGGGCGAUGAGCUAUGACAAGUUGGUGUACGACGAACCGGAGAAGUUCAAUCCUGAUCGUUUCCUAAACCCUAAAACUCCGUCCCCGCCUACAUUUGGGUUUGGUAGGAGAUCGUGUCCGGGCAUACAUUUGGCUGAAUCGACAUUGUUUAUCACCAUCUCGACACUUUUAGCGUUGUUUGAGAUCAGACCUAUCAAGGACAAAGAUGGGAACGACGUCAUUCCAGAAGUUAAUAUGAAGACCAAUGUACUACUACCCCGCGGAUUUCAAGUGCUCGAUUACCCCGAGGUCGGAAAAAGCCAUCAGAUUGUUGAAUACAUCGAUCUUAGAGGUAUAGGUGUGAAGAGACGUGAAAUAACGACGUCACUUGUUCCACCACCACCGCGAAACGCGUCUGACAAACGUCGAACCGCGAUGAAUCCGAAUUGGCGGCCGGGGGGACAGCCCCAGCAGCAGCAACAACAGCAAUAUCAGCAACAGCAACAACAACUUGGUGGAUUUGGAGGAGGACUUCAACCGCAGGCGACGGGAUUCCCACAGCAGCGAUCUGGGUUCUUGGGUCCUCAACAGACAGGGUUCCAACCUCAACAGACUGGCUUUCAACCCCAGCAAACAGGCUUUCAACCUCAACAAACAGGCUUUCAACCUCAGCAGACUGGAUUCCAGCAACAGGGAUUCCAGCAGCAGCCCGGAUUUCAAGCGGGACUCCAGCCUCAGGCCACGGGAUUUCCGGGUCUCCAACCGCAGGCCACCGGGUUCCCUGGUCAGCGGCCAGGCUUUGGCCAACAGCCUUCGGGGGUCCCACCAGUCCCGCCGCUCCCCCAGGGACUCCAGCAGCAAGCGCAGCAACAACGGUUCUUAUCCGCGUCUCCCGCUCUCGUUCCCCAGGCUACAGGAUGGCAAGGUGCAGGCGGCGGCCUCUCGGCCUCUCCUCUUGUUCCUCAAAUGACCGGAUUCCACGAUCCGCGCGUCCAGAUGAUGACAAAUACAUUCAUGCCCGCUGCCAACUUUCAACCCAACCAGGGCGGCGCGCUUCAGUUUGCUGGUGGUCCUCAGCACGGCCAGUCACUCCAGCAGUCGAUCCAGCAACACAAUGAAGAGCAGAGAGGUACCGCUGCACCUCGUAUCCCUUGGAAAUUAACCCGCGACGAGCAAAAGAAUUACGAUCAGAUUUUCCGUGCUUGGGAUCAGGGCAGCACAGGUUUUAUUAGUGGUCAGGUGGCCCUCGAAGUAUUUGGCCAGAGCGGUCUCUCGCGCGAGGAUCUCGCCAAGAUAUGGACUUUAGCCGAUGGUGAUAACCGGGGAAAGCUUAAUCUCGCUGAAUUUCACGUAGCUAUGGGUCUCAUCUUUAGACGUUUGAACGGAAACGAAAUACCUGACGUCCUCCCACCGGAACUUGUCCCAGCCUCGGCGCGUGACCUCGGCGACCAAGUAGGCUUCCUCAAGGAUUUGCUUAAAAACGACACCCACACGCGCGCAACCAAUGCUCCUACCUCCCGCGCCCCCCAGCGUUCGUUCCACGACGCCGGUCCAACUGAUCGCAAAGACGGUACUGUCUACAGACACGAUGACACGGACGUUAAAGGCUACAAGAGCGCCGCCCGACACAUUGACAGGAGUCGUGUUCGGUUCGGGGAUGAUAGCCCUAGUUCAGAUCUUGCCGACAUGAAGCGCCAACUCGAGAACGCGUCCAAGGCGCUGGACAAGGCUGCCGCGCGAGACCAGUACGAAGACGAUCUCGAUCAAGAAAUGGACGAACUCAAGUCGGAGAUUCGGCGUGUCCAAGACGAUCUAGAUUACGUUUCUCGCGGGCCGAGGAGCGUGUCCAAGGACGAGGAGCGACGUAAGCUUGAGCGCAAGUUGCUGGCUCUUAUGCACGAGCGUAUUCCAGAGGUCGAGCGAAAGAUUGAAGACAGGGACCGGAGACGUCGGGAUGACGAUCGUGAUUGGGCGCGCGAGCGGGAUAAGCGCAACCAGGGAGGCAGCUAUCGGGACAGGGAUCGAGACCGGGACGACUAUGACCGUGAUCGUGAUCGUGACCGAUAUGACAGAGACCGCGAACGUGAACGAGAUCGUGAUCGUGACCCAGACGUCGGAUAUCUUCGUGGAUCGUAUGAUCGGCCUCGCUCGCGAGGGUACGAGGAUGAACGCCCCCGUUCGCGUAAUUACGACGAUCGGGAUCGUCCGUACUCCAGGAACAGGGAGCGAGAGCGCUCGCCGUCUCCUCCCCCACGCAAGGCGCGUACACCUGCUCCUCCUCCAACCGGGCCAUCCGCGGACUCGGCGCCGCCUCCACCUCCACCGGCUGCACCGGCUACGCCCACUCCACACGGCGAAACUCGCGGAGAACGUGCGGCGCGUCUGAAAGCUGAGACACAAGCCAAGAUUCAGGCCAGGAUGAAGCAAUUGGGUGUGGCCGGCUAUGGAGGGUCCAAGGAACCGUCCGGCCCGAGCGCCGUUGAAGAGAGACUGGAAGCGGAACGAAAGGAGGCCGAAGAAAAGGCCAAGGCUGCUGAAAGGGAGGCCGAAGAACGAGAGGCGAAGCGCAAGGCGAGGUUAGAAGAAGCGAGAGGAGGCGCACCCAAGCCUGAGAGUCCGGCACCUGCUCCUCCAAAGGCUGCACCUGCUCCUCCUGCUCCCAAGGCCCCUGGAGCGAGAGGUGCUCCGCCGCCACCCCCAGCGUCCCCUGCGCCUGCAUUCGACGAGGAGGAAGACGAGGAAUUAUUGAAGAGGCAAAAGGCCCUCGAGGAACGCAAGAAACGGCUGGAAGCAUUGAGGAAAGAGGAGGAAGAGGCUCAAAAGGCCGAAGCUGAAUUCGAAGCUCGGCGAGCAGCCCCAAAUCUGCCCCUCCGCCUGCACCAUCUCGCGUUUGAGGCUCCUGCUCCGCCCCCUCCUGCCCCUCCUGCCCCUCCGGCUCCCCCCGCUCCUCCUGCACCAGCUCCGUCGAGCACGAAUCCGUUCUUCAAGCUUCAACAAGGCGGAGGGGUCGUUUCACCUCCCGUUGCCCCGGCAGCCAACCCAUGGGGCGCACCCGCUGCUGAAGAUUCUGCUCCCCCUCCGCCUCCUCCACCUGCCCCUGCUCCACCACCACCACCCGCAGCACCCACGCCCUCGUCGAGUUUGUCGCCUCCUUCGCACACCCACAAUCGUCGCUCCUCAAGCGUCCAGGGCGAUUACUACAACAAGCCUCCCAAGGACGACGAUGACGACUGGGACGUUAUCCGCGACAAACCGCAAGACGAUGAUUCCGACUCGGACGAAGAGAGGGAGUGGGGGGCGAGCCCAGUCGGAGGCCCGACGAGUGCUCCGCCCGCACCUGCUCCCCCUCCACCUGCGCCGUCCGCACCCAAGUGGAAGCCUCCCGCCGCGACUUCGAGCGCUGACCCAAGCGACCGCGGUGCGUUGUUCAGUGCUAUCCAGAUGGGAUCCAGGCUCCGCAAGACGGUCACGAACGACCGGAGCGGGGUUGGAUGGCAGGCUGCCCAGCGCGAGCCUUCCCCUCCUCCCGCGCCGGCACCGGACGUGACAUCGCCAGGCUCGUAUGACGAUACCCCCCAGCGACCCAAGGCGGACUAUAGGCAGAGCGUGGAUUGGUAUGCGGGUCUUGCGGCUGAAGGACUCCCUGCUGGCGCUGCUGUGCCUCAAAUGCCUUCGAUGCGAGAAGAGGAUGAGCAUGAAGACGCAAGUGUCCCUGCUAUUCAGGUCCAGGCUGCUGUUGCAGACGACACGAUGGCGGACGUUGAUACUUCUGUUUCGCAUGUUGUGAGGUCUCUGUACGCGUAUGAAGGACAGCGUGCCGAGGAUCUUUCGUUCCCUGAGAACUUGAUUAUUGAUGCACACCCAUCCAAGACUGGGAGCGAUUGGUGGUAUGGCACGACGAGGAAGACGGGUACAAAAGGGUUCUUCCCGCGCAGUUAUGUUGAUGUUGUUGAGAAGAUCGCCAAAGCGAAAGCACUGUACGCAUACGAAGGAUCCAACGCAGACGAACUUCCGCUUGUCGAAGGCGACGUACUCUCGAUCGUCGACAAGUCUGAAGCUGACUGGUGGAAAGCUGAAAAGGACGGAAUGAUAUUCAUCGUACCCGCCGGUUAUCUAGAACUCAUGGAUGACGAAGAGCCCGGGACGAAGCGCACAGAGUUGCGUUUGACCACAGGUGGUACUGACCCUCGGAGAUUGUCUGUCGCGUCGGGUGUUGAUCUUGAAGAAUCUUCUGAGGACGGGUAUUCAUCUGCUGAUGAGGCAGGAGAUGCUGAUGAUGCUGCACGGCACCUCGAACGGCAGCGUGUGUUGGAGGCUGCCGGGCUGAUUGUUAAACAGGCUCCGCCCCGACCUCCUAGGAAACGACGACCAGCUCCAAAGGCUCCUUUACGGCAACGACCCUCGGACGAUGGACCAGACGCAUCUCCGCGCGAGGGCGGUUCGCCGGGUACAUCUUCCCGGGAAAUAAACCUACCCGAACCGCCAGAUGAAACCGAGACUGAAUCGAUCCUGAGAAUCGAUGACGCAUACGAACGUUACCAGGCAUUCAGACAAAGUCGGGAAGCUCGUGCAUCGUUGUCUUCGUUUGAGGGCGUACCGAAUCUCAAUACAAACAUCGGCGUCCCUCCAACACCUGUUUCUCCGAGCGCAACGAUUUCAUCUCUACCCUCCGCAACCGACUCAACGAAAGCAGCGAUCAAGAGCUUCUUUGGCCGCGGAUCCGAUCGAGACAAGCCUCGCGCAACCGUCACAAUCUCGGCUCCCGUGAUUAGCGCGCCUAUCAGCUCUACGCCUGAGCGUGGCUCGAGCCCAGCCUUUGGAAUGCUUGGUCGACAAGUCGGUCGUGAAGGGAUUCCAGACGAUGAACGCAAGCGCCAAGAGGCGAUAUUCGAGCUGAUUGCGACAGAGAGCGCCUACGUACGGGAUUUGCAGAUGAUUGUCGAGAAAUUCUAUGCGUCGAUGGUUCAGAUGCUCGAUGAAAAGUCGGCGACAGUAAUCUUUGCCAACGUGGAGGAUAUUCUGCUGUGCAACACGACAUUCCUUAGCUCUCUGGAAGAACGACAAAAGGAUUGUCGAUUAUACAUUGAUCACAUUGGCGACAUCUUAGACGCACAUAUGAACGGUAUGGCCGUGUACAUGCCGUACUGCGUGCAUCAAGCACCAGCGAUCAAGGUUCUCCAGGGGCUGCGGGAGACUAAUUCCGAGCUAGCGAGUCAUCUCCAGCGCCUGCGGGACGAGGAUCCCGACAUCCGGAACCUCGACCUCUCGUCCUAUCUGCUUAUCCCAAUGCAGCGUAUCACUCGUUAUCCGCUCCUGAUGAAGCAGGCAAGUGCCGUCGAGUGUUAUUCCAGCGGACUGGUUUUGAUUCUACACCAUACCCAAGCCGAGGGGGAACGCGUACAGAUCUCACAUGCUAUUCAAACGACCGAACGAAUUCUCGAGGGUGUCAACGAGGCGAUUCGGGAACGCGAGGGCGCCGAGCGGUUGGGUGAGAUCUCCAAAGGACUGUAUGUCGGCCAAGGACAUCUCGACCUCACCGCGCCCACCCGAUACAUGGGACCGCGUCGACUAAUCAAAGAAGGUGUGCUCGUCAAAGCCAAGAGUGGGCGCCGACUGCAUGCGGUGCUCUGCAACGAUAUCUUGAUUCUCAUGGAUGCAGCGGCGGAGAGCCUGUAUCGAAUGUUUUACGUCUACAACCCCUCAAAGCAGAUACCACAUCAUGCCCUACGUUCUUCCGGGACUGACAGCGUCCCUCGCUCUCUCCGCGGACGCAUCUCCCCAACCGAGCGGGCAGCCAAUUCAUCCAGCGCACCGCUUCCCGGGGUACCACGCCGCGCACGCACACCCAACUCUAAUCUGGCAGGAAACGUGCGAAUUGGGUUUACGUUUGUGCCCCCCACCCCAGAGAACGAGAACGAGCCCAGUACAAGUUCAGCCGGGAUCGGGUCUGGGCUGAAUCCAUCUCGCUCCCCCGCUCCGACCAUGCUUGCUGCCCUGGCCUCGCCGUCUACCCCGCUGCUGCACGUUUCGCAGUCGACCCCCUUGCCCUGCCUUGCGCUCAACCCCCGUGCGAGGAGGGUCCGACGAGAGCAAGAGGCCGUUCCGUUUCCUUCGAGCGAUGUCUUGGCCGAUGCGAGCAACGCGACCGUGUCGAACUAUGUGCUCGCCCCCGUCGAGCCCACACCCAAGCACCUGCCCAUCAACUCGGGCAAGAAUGGCGCGCUCAGGUUGAGCAUGGACGCAAUCAAGGCUGCCAUUACCGGUGCCCAGCAGCAACAGCAACAGGAGCCCGUAGGCCGAGCGACCGCAACGACCCCGACACCCUCGCUGCGCAAAAAGUCGGGGGAACUCGUCAAGCCCUCGCUCAAGCACGCACACACCUUGUCCGGCGGCCUCCCGACCCAGAAAUCCCUCUCGCGCUCGGCCCCAGCGACACCGACGACACCCAAGUUUGUCCAUUUCGAUGCGCAGCUCGAGCACGUCCGAUUGUUCCUUGCCGAGCAGAAGCCGACCGCCGUUUCUCGCGAUGGGAGCCCAACUGAGACGAGCGAGGGCGAAGGCAACGAGUUUCCAUGGUACGGUCGGGGCAAUGCCGGCGCCGGCGCCGGAUACGGAUCGAGUGACGACGAACGCGCGCGCAAGGCAUUGAGGGUCAAGAAUACCAAUGUCCCCGCCAACGCAUCCAUCGAAGGAGCCGACAUUCGCGUCCAGUCGCUGACGCUCUCCGAGGACGGAUCUUCUCUCGUCGGGCGUGUCCUCGUCCGGAACCUUGCAUACGAAAAGUGGGUCGCGGCCAGAUUUACGUUUGAUUGGUGGCAGACGACGAGCGAGGUGUCGGCGCGAUACAUCGAUACUGUGGGCGAUGGCAUCGACCGCUUUGGGUUCACGAUCAAGCUUGGAGACGUAUUGCAUCGGAUCGAGGAGAAGACGUUGUUUGUUGCCGUAAGGUAUACCGUAUCGGGGCGCGAGAUUUGGGACAGCAACAAUGGGCAGAACUACAUGGUGUCGUUUACCAAGGAGCGCGAGCCAGCAGUGACGACGACGACGACGAAUGGAUGGAACUCGGGCUGGUCGGCCAAGUCGAGGUCGCGCGACCAAAUGUCGGAUCUGCGCAAGUCGCUCGAGCGUGCGAUGCAAGACGACGACGAUUCUAUUCCCCAGCUCCAAAUCAAGUCGCGCCCGCGCCCCAGUGUGCGUGGGAUGAGUUUCAGCGGGUUCGAGGCCAAGAAGCCGACUGUUGCAUCGAUUGUUGCCGAGGUCAAGCCCGCUCCGCCCAAGCUUGGUUCGCGAUAUGAUUUCGGGGCUGCUCCUCGCCAACGCCCGUGUGCCGACGCAUUCCGAAUGCCCGAGUUGAAGCAAGGAUCCGAUCCCGCGGCGCCCAAGCGCAAUGUGCGCACCCACGAGAAGCGCCCGAGUGUGUCGACAGAAGUGCGCCGCGACAUUUCCGAGGCCAAGUUGUGCGAAAGCCCGCGGGAUGCUGAGGACGGGAUGCUUCGCCUGCGGAUGGCACCUGUCGAGCCCCUUGUCAGAUCGGGUGGCCUCGAUCUCCCGUCUCCCGCCGAGCCUGUCGCUGUUGCCCCUCGCCGUCACCACCACCGCGCUGCCUACUUUGAUGCCUGGUCCUUCCCUGCUCCCGGCGUCAAACGUACUUGCUCGGGUGCCCCGGCUGAUGAACCCACCAAGGACAUGAUCCCUGCCUCGUGGAUGGAUGGCACAGACCUCUUUGUCAAUCGCGAUGUCUUGGGCGGCAGUGUUGCCUCGACUCCCUCUGUUACCUCGGCCUCAUCCCCCUCCCAGUCUCCAUCGUCUCCGCCCGAGUUUCUGCCUUCUCCGGACAUUGUCGAGGCUGACCUGGGCAAACCGCUGAGCAUGCCCAUGCCAGGCCAGGUAGAUCCCACAAACUACAGUUCAUUCCUCGAUCGGUUCUGCUUCUUUACUGGAGGCGACGACCUGGCUGGCUACUCGGAGGCACUGCUCGUACUCUGCGCGCCGUCUCCAGCACCUUGUCCAACAACUCGUCCGAGGGCUCGACGCCGAGGGCCGGCUCUCCCGCGUCUCUCCGCCGCUCGCCAUCGCCUGUCCAAGUCAACUGAGCUCGCUCCCACUCCAGCGCCUAGACGUCAAUCAUUUGUUUCCCCCGUUCCUUUUGGACGCGAAAGCAGCUCCAGCCCUGCGAUCGCACCUCGUCUAUCACCUGCCGUAUUCGUAUUUCGUCUAGAACUCGCGCACAUCACGGAAAUGCACUGGCGGUCUAACCAAAUGUCGCUUCGCCAAGCGAUAGACUUUCCGGACGGGCGAGGAGACGUACCGGACUCGACGGGUCAUCAUGGUAAUGAUGAUGAUGACGAUGAUGAUCAUUCGCAAGUCCCGGUCCGACAGCUGAUCGACCGCUGUUGUUGCUCGAUGGACCGACGACGAGGAGCAACAGUGUCCAGACUCAAGUUGGAGCUUGCGCGCUGGACUUGGGUGGACAUGUACCGCCCCGGACCCGUGUCGAGGCCAAAUGGAAAGUCAGCCUGA